AUGGCAGCUACAAACGUUCCCUGCGUCGCAACCUACAAAUCCUUGAUCGAGUCCUGCAUUCAACGCCUUACUGAAGCACGGGAGGAUGGUGACAUUGAUACCCUCGUUCUUGAGGCAGACUGCGCGGAGCUGCUUGACCGCAUAAAAGCUGUUCGUGAUACAGUCCCUACGGAGACAAUCCAGAUACACAAUGCCGCAGUCGAAACAGUCUGUCGCGACACUGUUGUUGACAUAGUUGCGACAGUUGAUAUCUCAGCGCCGGCAUUCGCCCGGGUCUGGGUGCUUCUGGACAUUAUCAACAUCCUAUCCGACAACGAAUUGUGCGAACCGGGGUUGGGUUUCUGGCUCAUCGAAGAGCUGCUGGACAGCCAAACGAUUGAGGGUUGCAGGAAGGUCUUCGACUAUCUGGAAUCGCGGAGAGAAAGGAUGACGGCGAAGCACUUUAAACAGAAGAACUUGGUCAUUCUGAGAUGUUGCAAUGAGCUACUCAGGAGGCUAUCGCGGGCUGAAGACACCGUCUUUUGUGGACGAGUCUUCAUAUUCCUCUUCCAGAGCUUUCCCCUCGGCGACAAGAGCUCGGUAAAUCUACGUGGUGAAUUUCACGUGGAGAACAUUACUGCCUUCGAUCCGACACCUAUCAAAUCGGAAGAUGCGAUCAAGCCGAUGGAAAUCGACACCGGCACACCACAAGCAACCUCUGGAACCCAUACUCCUGCGUCGAGCAGUCAAGUUCAGGAUCACGAUAAGGCGGCAAGAAACACACCAGUUCCGAAGAACUCCACGUCCGAGCCUAAAGAGCAGCCCCCCGAUCUCGACGUCCUGUAUCCCAAGUUCUGGUCGCUCCAAUCCUUCUUUUCUGCACCAACGAAGCUUUUCGACUCCGCCAACAUGGGUGCGUUCAGAGACGGCAUCGGACAGACACUCGCCUGCUUCAAGUCUGUCUCGAAUAGUUCUGGCUCUUCUACUAACCCUACCGAUGUCAAACGCGGUUUGAAGCGCAAGCGCAAUGAGGUUGACAAGACAUCAGCCUUGACUUCAACGUUCAGCCCCAAAUAUCUGACAAACAGAGAUCUAUUUGAUCUCGAAAUUCAUGAUAUUGCCUUUCGCAGACACAUCCUUGUGCAGGCACUGAUCAUGCUCGACUUCCUGCUCAGUCUCUCCCCAGGUGUUAAAACGAAAUUUGAAGGCCUGACUAACAAGUCCGUGCUAUACUCCUACAUACUCUCUGAAGAUGACACCAAAUGGGCACAUUCGACUCGUUCUCAAAUCGCAGCUUAUUUACAACAAGGUGGAAACGGCAACGAAGGCAAGUUCUACUACCGCAUGGUUGAUACAAUCUUGUCGAGAGACAAAAACUGGGUACGAUGGAAAGCUGAAAACUGUCCAUCAAUAUCGCGCGACAGUGUCUCGCCACGGAUCUAUCUCGAAUCUCGUGAUACGCUUACAAAGCUGGCUGAGGCCGCGCGAGCACCCCUUGUCAAUCCAUCAGGGGCAAAUGACCUAGCGUUUCUUUCGAAAAUUGAACCUCUCGAAGCCCUCAAGCAUCCAUCAAAACGCCAUCGGGUGCCCACUUUGGAGGAAUACUACAGGGGCAUUGACAGGGAUGACCUGGACAUGGACUUUGCGAUGACGGAGGACGAGAAAAAAGAGAUUGAGGAGAGAAAGGCUGGAAAGGUGUGGAGGGCAUUGCGUGCCAGCAAGAAUCGGUUCGUUAUGUGUGAGAAGGUCCAGUAUGGUGGUGAUUUGAAGGCUCUGCUGGGAGCGGACACCCUUGACGACCAAGCCGAGAAAGGCGGAGAAGUUGAAGCUGAAGCGGAAGAGAACAGAGCAAAGGCCGAAGGGGGCGAGAAUGGAACUGAGGAAGAGGCAGGAAACCGCCGCGACAAUGCGGGAACACAACCACAAGACGAAGAAGAGACAGGCAAUACGGUGCCUGAUCCGGAGACGGGCUCGCAGCAGCGAGCAUCAGAUUUGCCAGAGAUAGCCACAGUUUCCAACACCGAAGAUGCGGAAAUGACAGAUAUGCCUGAUCCGGGCUCUGCCAUCGACUCCUCUGGAAAGAUGGAAGAAACGAAGGACGAUGCCGUUUUGGAUCGUGCUGAUCGACCCUCGGGCGAUAGAGACCCAAACGGUGAGAUACAAUAA